UGAUUGUGAUAGUCUUAUCAUUCUCGUGUGAUCCGUCUGAUGCUCGUCGUGUUCGUCCUCGUCGUAUCUAACCGGAAUUUUAAAAUCAUAAUAAUAAUAUUAUUAUUACAAUAUAUACUUAUACCUGUUAGUAAUUUUUUUUUGCACGAUCGUCGGUGGUAAAAAUGAAACAACUAAUACAAUACAACCGAUUAAAUGACUUCACUACACGGUGAAUUAGACGUGAACGUCGAACAUGAAGGUGCAAAACCAGCAUAGCACCUCGGACGUGCAUUUAACGGAUGAACCACUUUUUGAUCCGUGUCCGUCAUUUUUGGGUUUUUGCGUUGCACAUACAUUCAGGAGACACUCGAAAAAAUGGUUGUCAAAGUGACCGAAAUAGUCAAAUUUGAAAUGGCGAUCGACGUGGUGCGGACGUUGCGACAGAAAAUCAUCGCCGUGUGUCGGAAGCUGGGCAUCGGCGUGUGUUUACGUACCGUCAUGUUGAUAUUUUGUCUCACGUUUUUCUGGGUACAAAUGCACAUGUCUGACGUGGCUGACAACGAGACGUUACAGAUACUAGCCAAGCCGGACGGACUGCUGGACGCUAAUGAUUCUAUGCUCCAAUUGGUUCCUCAGCAUUUGCACAAGUACUUGGUCGCGUUGCCUCAACGUGACCGUCCGCACCAGGCCAUAUUGCCCGGAAACGCCAGCGAACACGUUGCGACAGCGGUUAGUCUGAAUGCAUCCGAAAUACGACGUUUGAUCGAUCAGCAAAACUCUAAACAGAUCGUGCUCAACGAAGACGUGUACGGCCCGUUACAAAACGAUUCUCUAGUCAUUGUUAUACAAGUCCAUACACGUAUUAUGUAUCUUCGGCACACCAUAGUGAGUCUGGCAAGGGCGCGGGGCAUCGAAAAUGCACUGCUAAUAUUCAGUCACGACCAUUAUGAUGAACAAAUAAACGAACUGAUACAGAUGAUAGACUUUUGCAAAACCAUGCAGAUAUUUUAUCCGUAUUCUAUACAAACGCAUCCGGUUUCGUUUCCUGGUGAAUCUCCGGAAGACUGCCCCAGAGACAUUUCUAAAUCAGAUGCGAUUAAAAGGAAGUGUAUCAACGCCAUGCAUCCGGAUCAAUAUGGUCAUUAUCGAGAGGCGAAAUUCACCCAAACUAAGCAUCAUUGGUGGUGGAAAGCAAACAGGGUGUUCAACGAGUUGGACGUUGUCAGUAAUUAUUCAGGUCCGAUUUUAUUUUUGGAAGACGACCAUUAUGUAGCAGAAGAUUUCAUAUACAUGCUAAAGUUGAUGGAAAAAUCGUGUAGCGUGGCGUGCCCACAGUGUAGUAUGUUGUCGUUAGGAACAUACUUGAAAACGUACAAUUUUUACGGAGAAGCAAAGAAGGAUAUUUUAAGGGUAAUACGUCGACAGCAAAUAUUUGCUGCAGAAUUAACACCGCCGUCUUGGAGUUUUAAAAUAGUUCCUUCAUUUUCACAUUAUGAUAAGGUCGAGAUUUCUCAAUGGAUUAGCAGCAAACAUAAUAUGGGUAUGGCGUAUAAUCGAACUGUUUGGAAACAGUUUGUUGAUUGUGCCGACACAUUCUGCAAGUAUGAUGAUUAUAAUUGGGAUUGGAGUCUACAAAGUGUAUCCAAUAAUUGUCUUAGCCACGAAUUUAAAGUGUUUGUACUCAAAGCUCCUAGAGUAUUUCAUAUUGGUGAAUGUGGUGUUCAUCAUAAAAAAAGUUGUUUCGAUAUGGCACUCAUAGCUAAAGUUCAAAAACUGCUUAGUUCGGUGUACAAAUAUUUAUUUCCAGAAAAAUUGGAAGUAACCUAUGCUCCAAUCAAAAAAAAAGUAUUGCGUAAAGGAAAUGGUGGAUGGGGUGAUGUCCGUGACCAUGAACUAUGUUUGCGAAUGGUAAACCGCCAAUGGUGACAUUUGGCACUUAGUAUUUAAUAUUUAUUAUAUUAAUGAAAUAGAUCAAGUUCCUAUAUUAUGGAGUUUAGACCUCCUAAACGUGUAGACAUAAUAUUCAAUAUUGUAAUAUGUAUUAUUAUGUCUAUGUUUGAACCAAGUCUUAUUUAUUGUAUUGUUUUUAUUUUAUUAUUAUUAUCACCUAUUUAUUUUUGUUCAGUUAUUAUUAUUUUUUUAUUGGGUGAAAUUUGAUUUUUAUGUAUUGCGUUGCCAUAAUUGCGCUCAAGAGUUUUUAUUUUUAUGUAGUACGGCAACUACUAUACGUUAUGUUAAGGCUCGAUAACUAAUACAUUAUUUAUAUAUUAAUGUAUUUAUAAUAUUUUUAAACGUCACUGUUGGUUUUAUUUGCGUAAAUUUAUAUACCCCAGUGAUUUUUGAAAUAUACUGUCUGGAUAACUAAUAAGUUUUAUAUUGACACAAAAAAAAAAAAAAUUUAAGUUUUAUUCAAUUUAACAUACCAAUUUUUAUAUGGUUGUCAUAGUUCGUCAAUGGAGUAAAUCUUAUUGUGCUUUAUAAAAUAUGUAUUUUGUAUUUUAUUAUUUAACUUCAGCAUUCCACUCUCCAUUAAACGUAUUAUUAGAACAUAAUAGAAUUAAAAUUAAAAUUAAAAUGUGCAACUCUAAGAUUAACUUUCUAGUCAUUUGAAGUCAAUAUCUAACUUUUAGUUGUGUUAAUUUCCCAACUAUCAAUAGUCAUUAGGUUAAGUUUCAAAUGCAAUUGUAAUAUAAAAGAAUUACAUGAAAAUAAAUUUAUUAAUUCCCAAUA